AUGCAGUGGACGCCCUUGGGACCUAAUGAGGAGGUCGAUAUUAGCAACUUGCCGCAUCGAGACCACGCGUUGUUUCUUAUUGGGGCGGCCAAGUUUUAUUUGAACAACUACCUGGGCCUCAUAGACGAGCCCGAAUUUACCAAGGGCGUUUAUGACCUCUACGAGAGACCGGCCGAGAAAGCAAACAGCUCGAGGACAUGGUACGCCCACUUCCUCCUCGUGCUUGCAUAUGGCAAAGCCUACUCCAAAGGCAACAACAGCCGGGGCCCUCCCGGAUCUCACUACGCGCUGCGAGCGAUGACGAUGCUUCCAGACAUGUCGGGACUUUAUGCCGACCCAGUUUUAGCUGUCCAGACCUUGACGCUAGCUUCUAUGUGGUUCCAGUCUGUAGAUAUGAGAAUCGCUGCUUACUACCAUAUCAGCCAGGCAAUGCGUACUUGUAUCAUGGAGGGUAUGCAUCGUCAUAUGCCCGAGCAAAUCGUCGGGGCGAAGCAGUCGAAACGAGCAUGUGUGGCUUUUUGGGCGAUAUAUACCAUGGAGAAGGAGUUUUCCUCUUCUAUAGGAGCCCCCAGUGCUCUGCAGGAUGAGGCUAUCACGGCCAAGCCUCCUUCACAGAUGAAUAAUUCUGUUGAUGCAGUGAACAUGGAGUUGCAUGUGAGGUUAACUAGAUUGACAGCUCGCAUCUUAUCUACGGUUUAUGGAGUGGGAAGACAGUUCGAUAACACACUAAUCCCGAACACGCAGUCGAUCCUCCGUGAGCUGGCCGAACUAUCUCGGGACUUGACCGACGUGCUCAGGACUCAUUUCCCCGCAAAGCCUCACGGAUGGCGCAUCGACUUGUCAUUUCAUAUCAUCAUGCAAGUUUCUAACAUUAACGUUCCUGACUCAACUGAACUAAUAUGCUUUGUAGUGCGUGGUGCUUUCUACUCGGCCGCUUGUGAUGUGUGCGCUGCAGAUGCAUGUCGAGAAUUCAGAUACCUUCCCCCCAGUGGUCGUCCCUUUGACGUCGACGGUGGCCUCACUCCUCAGUUCGUAUUGGCGAGUGAUGAUAUUGUAUUCAUGAUUACUGAGAAGUUGACCAGUUACUUAGACGCCUUUUUGCCCUUUCAACUUGACGCAGCCUAUUCGUCAGCGUUUAUCCUUCAUCUCAUCAAACUAAUCAGCCCAUCGCUUCUACAAGAUCAGUCCUGGCCUAACGACAUAGAAUACAUAUUCGAUCGGAUGAUUGAAUCGGGGAGUGUAGUCGCGCCAGUGCGGAAACUGGAACUACAACAAUUGGAAAAUGCCAUGGCUGCUCUGAUGCCCAGCACGGAGCAAUCUUGGGGUCUCGCUCCACGGGCAGAUUAUGUACACGAACAGAACUUUGCAACGGAUGAUUAUUUUCGAGAUCCGUUCUGGCAUACAAUUGCUUCUAACGGAGUGUCUGGGCUUUUGCCGCAGGAGAUUUUGGACCUGGCUGACCGGUUAGACGUAGAGGAUGUGGCUUCCACAUCAAGUCAAUAA